GAAGUCGUGCCUUCAUUUGUUCUGGCGUAAUUAUUUUGAAAUAUAACAGACAAUAUAUUUGUUUCCUGAAUACAUAUGGUACAUCUAGGUCGGUACGUCGUUUAUUCCACUUCCAACGAUUUGCAAUAGAACAUUCACAAGCAGCAUGGUGCUGUCCUGUAUUUAAAUAUUACAUAAGUCACAGGUAGCUUUUACUGUGCUUGUUAGAUUAGAGCCGUGCACCAGUCCCCCCUUGUAUUACGAAAGACCAGAUUGACUUGACAGGGAAAGGAAGCUCUCAUGCACUUUUGAACAAUCAAAUUGCCUUCAAUUUCUUUACGAUAGUCACUCAAGAAAGUAAGGACAAGACACACCUCUCAAUUCUUCAAGCUUUCGGUGUUCGGGUUGAUUUCAUCACACUCCUUUAAAAGUCUAUUGCAACAAUGCUCGAUCAACUAGUUGGCCUCGCGAUGCUUGUCGCUGCUUCCGUCGUCUUCCUCUACUACACUAUUUGGACUCUACUUAUGCCAUUCGUCGACUCCGAUCAUCCUCUCCAAAACGUAUUCCCUCCUCGAGUCUGGGCAAUCAGAAUACCUGUCAUCCUUAUAUUGUUGGCAUCGGCUGUUGUCGGGUCCUUUUUGAGUGUGGUCAUGAUCAGAAGCAACAGAAAGAAGGCUGCCAAAGCGAAAGCUGCUUUGAAGAAGAAGGCAUAAAUGGGUUAUACUGGGGCGGAUUUGGUUAAUGGGAUUGGUGUUGCGGCAGCACAAUAAUGCUAUAUUUACAUGAUAUCGAACUCACUGUAUGCUCGCCUGGUAGUCAGUGGGAGCCCGUGGAAAAUUUGGCGCAAAUUGUGGAAAGGUUGGGCGUGAGUUUUUUUGGCAUUUGUGAGGAAUUUAUAUAUGCAUAAAAUACCCACGAUAAGCAGAUGUCUAUUUUCAGUCUAUGCACUUGGUGAUGAUAAUGGUAUCAGUUGGCUCA